UACAUCAAAAUAAAAAAAACAACUUAUGAACAAGAUAUUUAAGACUAAAAAAGUCAAUGUAGUGAAAAACAAAAUGAUAAGAUAAAUUUUUCUUGUUAUAAAUAUAGCAUAUAGAUGUUUGCAAGUAAACAUCUUCGCAAGUUAUCAGUGUUUAAUAAAGUAAUUUCUGAUAAACCAACAGUAUCCGAGGUGUUGUCCUCUUAUCUAACUCAGUGCAGUGAGCCCCCAUGGACAUCAUACUUUAUUAAGUACAGCAGUAUCGUUGAUGACCAAUGGGGUAAAUCUCAUUUCAAUUGGAAAGUGGGCGAAUCAAACUAUCACAUAUUAAGGACAGGCUGUUAUCCGUACAUCAAAUACCAUUGCUCUAAACGUGCUGAGCAGGAUUUAACUGUGGACGAUUAUUUCUUCAGAUUCAUCAAAGUUUGUAACUUGGGAAUACCCUGUUUAGCGUACGGUAUUGCAGCGAAAUUUUUAAUCAAACAUUUGGAAGUGGUGCAUACUGCUAAAGGCCCGGUAACUAUUUACUUCCUCUAUCCUGAAGACAAAGGCUCAAGAUACUAA